CUCUUGGCCCCCCAGCCUGCUGCCAGCCUGGGGCUGCGCCACCCCAGCUUAAAGUGCUGCUGUCCCGGUCCCCAUCCACACACGUGUUGCAGCACAGUAAAUGUCUCCACUGUAAGACACUAGUGCCCCUGACAGUACUAUUUUAUGGUGGAGUUAAUUAAUUCACUGUGCAUUAAUAUCAAAGAUCAUGUAGAUGGUGAUGCUUUACUGCAGAGCUAAUUAGUCAGCUCCACUGUAAAUCACACAUGUAAAUGCACCCAGUGAAAGGUAAAUCUUUGGCAGCUUAUGCUUACAUGAAACGGGGCUAAUUGCUCCAGUUUCACUUUAGGUUAUUCUGGGGCAGUUGUGGGUAUAUAGUCUCAUAGUUGUUAGGGGCUGGAAGGUAUGCAUAACAAUUGUUUGUGUCCACAGUUAAAAACAUGACUGGGGGCUUACAGCAUCUCAGCAGCCCCAUGCUGUCUGUUCAUGUAGUCAAUCUGAUGUUGGGAAACCUCGGUUUUUGGGUGUUCAGUUUUCUAUACCUAGGGCUUAUUUAUUAUGGGGACUUCUUGGACUUGUGUAGCUACAUAGAUGUGACUACACCACUGCAAGCCUACCAUGUAGAUGUGCUGCACGGUGAGUUCUGCUACUGUAGUGCAGGUAACUCCUACCCUGAACCCAAAAACUGAAGGAUCCAAAUUACAGGUCAGUUCUGAAAAAAGUCAAAAUGUCUUUCUCUGUGGCUUGUGGUAAUAGUUUAUUACCCCCUUUUUCUUCUAUUCUAAUGAAAUAGUGUCCCAUUUUGAUUCUGCCUUAGUGGUCUGGAAGGUGAGAAAAAACAAAUAAAGGGCAUGUUGAAUGAACUAAUAUGCAUCCAGGCAUUUCCCCUUAACUCCUAGACCUCAGCUAAACAUCUCACCCAAAUAUUUCUUUUAACAGAUUCCCUUCCCCCACAUACAUUCCCACUGUGUCCCAUGCCCUACAGGGGACCAGAUUUGAGAUAGGAGCUUCCAAUGAGCAUACCCAGGAAUAAAGCAGGGCUGAAUUAACACAGUUCUCUUAUCACAAUUAUAAUCUAAAGCAAAUGAGUUUAGUUACAGCAGGAUUCCCUCCUGUCCCUGCACCUCCCACACACAGAGCAGCUGUAGUAUUGCUUAGGUCUGCUGUAUAAAGCCAGCAUAUUGCAUUUAUUGAAACCAAAGGACACAUAAGGGUAAAAGGGCAAACUUGAGCAGGAUCAGCAUGUUUCUGUUUCUGCUGCUGCUCCAGCUGCUGCUGAUCUCAUGUUUUGGAGCAACAGAGGAGGGAGGACAGCAGCCAAGACAAAAGAGGGGAAGAAUUCAGCACCUUUUCUACCUAGAUAAAACUCUGCUAGAAAGAGAGGUCCCUAGGGAGCUGCUAAGGGAAGAUCCUACAGACUCUGAAGGAAUCCGAGCAGGGCCAAGCUUGUAUGUAGCAGCCCUUGAGCAUGCUGCAGAAAACAAGAAGCCAGGAGAGAAAAAAUUGUCCCGAUUUAUGCUUCCUUUCAUAGAGCUCCAGACAACCCAAAGCUCACCUGCACGAAAAGAGACUCUUCAUUCUGAUAGUCUGAGAAACUUUUCACCUCCCCACUCAUCCCGUGAGAGGGAAGCUGAGUCUUCUUAUAGGAAGGAUGCCAAGAAAUUCUGGGACCAUUUCACACUACAAAAAAAUUCAGCCUCUGAGGAGGUUGUCCUGCCAAUCAAGACCGAUGAGAUGCAUCAGGAAACCUGCUGGACUCUGCCUUUUUCACAGGGUAUUGUGCAUGAGAACUGUGAAAAAGUGGUGGUCCAGAAUAACCUUUGUUUUGGAAAGUGUAAUUCCUUUCAUGUCCCUGGCCCAGAAGAUCGUCUUUACACCUUUUGUUCCCACUGUUUGCCUGCUAAAUUCAACUUAAAACGUUUGGAGCUGAACUGUACCAAGUCUGUCCCCAUUGUGAAGGUGGUCGUGAUUGUGGAGGAAUGCAAAUGUGAGAUUCAGAAGACUAAAGGUCCUGAAACGGGUCCUUUACAUUCAGACUUGCAUGCAAAUGUGUAUGGACACAAUUAAUCUGCUGAAAGGCACCUUUAAACUCCAUGAUCAUUUGUAAAUUAUAAUAAUAAAAAACCCUGAGAUUUUAGUCAAACGCAUUCAACCAACAGUGUGAAAAUAUAGAUUUUUCUCUCUCAAAUGCUCCUUUAUCAUAGGUAUAACAUUGCCUGAAAUGUAUCAGAUGUUUCCAUUUGUGUCUUGAGAGAGAGGGAGGAUGAGUAUGCAGAGUGGGAAUAAGUGAUUAAACCAGGGUAAUUCUUAAAAAAAACCCCAAAACUCCUGUCCUUUUUACCACUGGUUUAGUUCAACUAGUGUUAGUACUGCAGGGGGACUUGUGUGCCUUUAAAGUAUAUUCCCUUUAGAUAACUGGGAUGAGCUACCCCAACAAAAUAACUUUUUUUCCCAUGGAUAUUAGUGUAUCUAUAGUAGGGAAAUUGCCAGUAUAGGUCCAAUGGCAUGUCUCAAUUGGCAAACCUUUUCUUUAAGUAGACAAAGCUUUAGACUCUUGUGUUUACUUCCAGCUAGCUCAUUGUGGAUCUCUUUUGCCAUGUAAAAUAGUAUAAGACAUAAUAUAUGGGUAACUUUUUUAUCUUGCAUAGCUAUUCAAGGUUGGCCUUCUAGCUAUGUUCUGGUUUUGAUCUUGAUUAGUUACCUCAAGAUAGAAAUGAAGGUGCCUUAUGGACAUGGUGAUUUUGAAUUGGGUAUCUUACUAUAGAGAUGUGCUUUUUUUGCUUUUCAAUGAAGGCAAAAGCUUGGUCCAUUCAACAGGGUACUUGAAAGGUCCUCUAAAUAUUUUUGUUUAAACUUAUUUUUCAUUGAAAAAAUAGCUUUUCAAUCAAAACCAAACAUUUUGCUGAAAUAUUUAUUUAGUUUGAAGUUUUUAAAAACUUUUUAUGAAAGACAAUUCAGUUUAAUACGAGAUCAUUUUCUUCAGAUUUUUGGAGAGUUGUUUAUAGCUUGAUAUCAGGGAUUGUAGGUAUAUGCCAUUUAUACCUAUAUAAAUAGACCAGGAUAACUCUAGAGGUAAAUCUCUUCAAUAUAGGAUAAGCUUGACUGAUCUCAGCCUGUACACCUCUGGCACUUCGUCCCGCUUCUGGGUUCUCUCCUUUCUCUUUUUGUUUCUUGCAGUCAUGGCUAACAGCUAACAGUUCCUUUAGUUUCAGGACCCAUAGACUUUAACCAAAUUCUAACCCCUUCCCAGGCCUGGAUUAACUCUUUUGUGGGCCCUAGGCAAACAAACACAUGGACCCUGAGCUGGUUGAGACCCCCCUCCCCACCCCAGUGUUGCUGCCCAUGGGGAGUGGGUCUUGGAGCAGCUGCCACAGCAGCGAGGGGAAGGGAAGGGAAGGGAAGGGAAGGGAAGGGAAGGGAGGUGGAUGGGGCCAUUGGUGCCACCACCAUGGAGGGAAGGACCAGGCCCCCCCUUGCAGCUCAGGGCCCUAGGCAUGUGCCUAGUUUGCCUAUGUGUUAAUCCUGCUCUGCCCCUUCCUGGACUUUAUUAUUCCUAAACUUUUAGGCCUUUGAUUCCCCACCUGCUGUUGCCUUAAAAGUUCAUUAUUGGGUAAUCUGAACUGGAAAUCAGAACUAAGUUAACCAGUCCCCAAAUACGUAUAAACCCAAUUAACCUGUUAAAAGGCAACUCCAUGGCCAUCUGCAAGGGGAACCCCCCCAGGGUUCAAAAUAUGGGGGGGGGGAGUCAGGGGGACUGAACCCCCCCUUAAGCUCCCCGAUAAGAGAUGAGAGCCUCCCAUAAGAGACGAGAGCCCAUGGCCCACCCCACACCUUCCUAUGAACCUCAGGCAUUGGCAGCAGCUCUUUCCAGCUUGCAGCUGCCACCACCACAGAUUCCAACAAGAGUCGGAGUAUAAUUUGAACCCUGCCCACCCUCUAAGAGUUUAGUUGGACACAUUCAACCAACAGUGUUAAAAUAUAUAUUAAUAUCUCUCAAAUGCUUCUUUAUCACAGGUAUAAUAUUGCCUGAAAUGUUACUGAAAUAUUUAUCACAGUAUGGGUGAGCUUAAUUUAUUUACACACACAUUGUAGCAAUGUUGUAAGUAUUUUACAUAUUACCUUUAAAAUAAAUCAAUGCCAUAGUUUA